AUGGGAGAGCUGGCAUUCCAACCGAAAAUGGCGACGCCAAGCAGCAGUGGAUUGGUAAGGUCUCCCCUUCGAACCUGUUCCCUACCUUGUCAAGCUUUUGAAGCUCUGUGAUUAGAUGGCCCCGCCCCCGUUUUUACUUUUAAAGUGCGGUUAUCCAAUCAGGGACUUUGACGAGCUCCAAGAGCCGGAAAAAUGUCAUGAUUGUUUAUCUCUUGGUUCAGUUCCUACUGCUCUUCGUGCUCAUCGUUUUCGCUGACGCGGCAAAUAGUCGUAAAGCAGGUAUGAAGGAGAAUUCGAUUUUUGCUUGAUCGGGAAAUUUGAAUAACUUUAUCAGAAAAGUUCUUUUACCACGCGACUGCCAGAGAUUUUUCGAAAAAAGCUACAAAACUUUCCAAGAUCGAUGUUCACUCAAAAAUCAGUAUUUAAAAGAAUAAAAAAUCAUCCAUUUUGAGUAUUUCAUUUAUAUAUGUCGUCAUAUUUGCAAAAUUGAUAAAAAAGUCUCCCUUAAAGAAAAAGUCUCCUUUUUCGAUUGCAUAUCAACCUCGGCUGAUUUUCUCGAUUUUCUUCCUAUUUUUCUAGUUCUUAGAUAGAUGAAACUUCCCCUUUAACAAGAAAGAUGAUUGAGAGAUUUCUGAAAUUCGGCUCGAACACUUUUUCGAUAAAUGAACACUGAAAGCUUCAACCAGUAAAUCCUUCUAAAUCACGAGAAAAAAGGAGAUCGUUUCAACGGAGUUUUCGUGAACCAUUUUUUCAUUCACAAACAAGACAAUUUUCAGACGUUUCCGGUAAGAUCUUCUGCAAAUCGCACGAAGGCAAAUGGGAGCCGAACAGCGAUAAAGUACUAUUUUCAUCGCAAGAAUGGCAAAAUUUGAAGAAACCGAAUAAAUCACAAACGACUGGGUUUUCGAAGCAAAAAGCUUCCAUCUUUUGAAUUUUGAUACCGGCGGCUUUAGACCCCACUGUGACUACUAAAUUUUUCCUGUUCAAUUUUUUUUUAAAUGGGAAGACAUGAAUAGACGCUAGAGAAAUAUAAAAUAUCUUUCUCUGCGUCUCUUCAGGCCAUCACUGAUCUCUCUACCGUUGUCGAGCGAAACCGAUUAUUUUUUCAGAGUGAUGUCGAUUCAUGCAAUGAUAUGAAGCUAAACGUGGAAACUGGAAACGAAGUAGGUUCAAAUCUGAAAUUUUCCUACAGAAGCUAAUUUCAGAAAAAGGCGAAGGAGGCUUGCGAAUAUCUCGUUCCUUUCAGCGUUCACGAUUCGAAGGAAGGCUUUCCCACAAUGUGCAGUUUCAGUAAGUUUUUUUGAUAAGUUUUGUUUUUUAAAUUAAAUUUAUUAGUAUUUAUUAGGUUACAGAAAUGAUCUCUUCCGUUUUAAACUACUCCCAACAUCUGUUUUUUUUUUCCCGCGCCCCAAAAAUAUUAAAACCUUUAUUGCUUCAGAUGUUGAGAGCACGUGUAAAGACGGCUGGCACCAGAUUCACGGUCGCUGCUUCCGAAUGUAUCAAACUGGGAAGACCUUUGACGAGGCCAAGAAGCUUUGCAAAAAACAAAGAGGAUCCAAACUGGCCGUAAUCGACAGUGUGCGAACCCACCGUUUUCUGAUUUGUAAGAGCUCUUUCUCAUAAAAACGUGUUGUUUAACCAUGAUUUUUUCAGCCGUCUUCACAAACCUCUACUCGGUAUGGGUGUCGACGACUGAGGGUUACGUGAGGACAACCCAAAAGGCUCAGGGCAACUUCAAAAAUUCGACAUGUAAGUCGAAACCGAAUAUUCACCACAGUUGAAAAUCUUGAACGGAUUUUUUACUUUGAAAAAGCACAGCGAAGCUUGAAAAAAUCGAAAGCGUGGAUGAGUUAAGAUAAUGGUAAGCUGCUAUAACAAAAGUUUAUUUCCUUGACUCUGGUCUUGAAAUUGAUUUAUGUAUCAGGGAAAAUUGAGCCUUUGAAGGUAAGCCUAACAGCAUUAAAAAAAAAGCUGUGAAGAGACUAAACAUACCGGUAAUGAACUAUUGCGAAGCUUCAACUUCAGCCUAUCAACUGUUGGUUGGAGCGGCGGUGUGGAAAGGAGUGGCGCCAGGAUCGCUCUAUCCUGAAGACCCGAAAAGGAAGGCUCAUGUAAUUUGCCAGCUUCCGGUUAUGAACACAGUGGCAAGUGAGUUGAUCAUGAUCGAAAGAAGAAUAAAAAUUAUCGAUAGUUAAUGUCAAAACUAGCAACCAUAUAACUGAAUAGAAUACUUGCAAGGGAAAAUUUCCAUAUUUUGGUCGAAAGGAUAAACUUUUUUUUUCGCUGAGAAAUCAUAUAAGGAAAAAAGAACUUUUUCACAUCCUCCAUAGACAAAAAGAGCAUUGUGGAAGCUUUGCUUCGAGAAACGAUUGUAUGGAGUGUGCCUUGAGAUUAGCUGGGAUCAGAAAUUCGAAACUGACAAAAAUAAGAGGGAGAAUAAAGACCGCGCAAUUUCUUUUUUGCAGUCCAGAAUUUUGUCAACGACAGGCGCUCGCUGCUCAAGUUGGACGGCUAUGUUGGGUGAGCAGAAAUUUCGCUUUUCAAAAAAAUUGUAUUUAAAGAACUGAAACAAAUCCAUACUUAUUCCUGUCGCAGAACCAUUAUCGGUACGUUACUACCUUUUUAGCAAUAGCAUACGAGAUUAAAAAACAAAAACGUUAUUCCAGCUACCAGCCGACAGCAAAUGGUGGGACAAGUGGACAAGCCUUCCACCAACACUGUCAAGUUUUAUUUUCCGAGACAAUACAUUCAAGCUUCUGGAGUUUUAGAAGAUUACGUCGUCUUUCUUGGGCUUCGCCGCAGACGGAGCGUUCUCCCCGAAAAGUCAGGAUAAUUUAAAAUACUUUCUUAAAAAGGUAAAGAAAAUAAAUAGUUGUGGAUUCAAAUUUAUCUUUGAAGGAAAACAUCUACUACGUUCUGCUGGCGGCAAAAAAACGAACUUCAAUAAGAGCACGUGUCCUGAUCCAUCCGCAUUCAAUACUUUCAAGGAAAAGUUCGGUUUUUUCAUGUCUCGUUAUCAUAGAUUAGGUUUGUUUUAAUCAAUCAGUACUUGCUUCUGUACAACUACAACCAGUUUCCGUAAAACCUUAAAAACUCUAUUAGAAAAUCGAAUAAACUUUUGAUUUUCGAAGUCGGAAAAUGAACACAAUAAUUACAUUGUCACAGCUACGACUCGAGGGGUGUAUGCGGUUACUUUAGCCAGAGCGAUCAAGGCUGCCAUUCAUUCAUAGAAUACGAUGGAAAUGAGGUGACAUUUUCGAAUUUCGAAGUUUCUUUCUUUUUGAUUGAUUGUAUUUUUGAGACCCUGAUCAGCUUCCGUUUGGCUGACCUCAGAAUUAACUGCGCCGACCAGACGGCCAUCGUGGGCACAAGUCAAUCCGAGAAGUGAGUGGAACGAUUGCUCUCUUCUUGAUUGAAAAAAACCUCGCCGCUCAUUACUUUUCUUUUAUUAUCUUCUUUUUGCACUGUCAAUUUUCGAGGGAAGACAAAAAGUCUUCCAUAGAUUCAACUGAUAAAGAGUAGAAAAAAUUAACCACUGAAAAAAAUGAAUUCAAUUUUUUGAGUCUGCACAUUAAAAAAACUGUUUUUCUCUAUCUGCUAACUUGCAACAGUGUUCAAUUCAGAGCGUACUCGGUUUCGCGACAUGUUCGGGCUCAGAUCCCAUGUGCCACCCGUAAGCUCGUUUUUUUUUUCAAAAAGAAACUGAGUAGACGAUGCCGGUCCAAAUUUCUUCAUUUUCUUGAUGCGUCCAGAAGUUCUCAAAUUUACUUUGUUAUUUUUCAUUUAAUGAGCUUUGACCUUUUGCCGUUGACAGCCCCGAGUUGGCCGUUUUGAUAGCUGAUCACAUUGGUCUCGUAAAUGGUUUUCAAACUUGAAAUAAGCUAAAAUACGAAAAAAACAAAUUUUUUUUUAACGGGUUUAAGCCACCCGUAAGCCGGUUUUUUUUUGUAAACACAGCGUAAAAAGAAAGAUUUUUCGACGAUUGAAGUCCGAUAUAUGUAUACACUAGAGUCUGCAAAGAUGAACUUUCAAUCAUUUUUGAAAGAACAAUAUUUGAAAUUUCAUUUCGAAUGAUUCUUUUUAUUUAUAAAUGACAUGUUGAUUUACCUAGGGACCGCAAGGCCACACCCCCUCGCUGACCAAAAAACGUCGUAUAUUUCGUUGCAUUUUUGACAUUUCAUUGUUGUUUAUGCAGUUUCCCUGAACCGUUUUGGGAAAAAAUUAAGGGAAACAUACAAUCGGCUAUGCUCUACAAUUCUACAUAGAAGAAAUAGCUGUAAAUAAAAAAAACAUCGGUUAAAAUGACGUUUUUUCGCGACGCCUUUGUGCGAAAAAGUGGAAAAACGUUGAAUACUUACAAUCCCGCUCGUAGGCAAGUUAUUUUUUUUUCUUAUUUUGUUAAGCAUGUAAAAAUACACCAUAUAAGUAAAAAUAAAAAGAUUCCUGCUUGUGCUUUCAAAUAUCGAAGCGCCGGAAAAUUGCAACUUUCGAAAUUCGGGAACUUUAGCAUUUUCCGCGAAACAUGUUAAAUGUUUUUUUGAACUGUUCUCUAUAAAUUUCAGAACAUUUCAAAAAAAUAAAAAAACAAAAACUUUCAUUCCAACCUUAAUUUUAAAAAAAUAAGUUUUGAUUUUUUUGAUUUUUUUGAAACACUUGGAAAAAGUGUUUUAACCGUCGUAGGCAAAUUAUUUUUUUCUUAUUUUGAUUUGAUUUACUUUUUUUCUUCAACAUAGUCAAAAAAAUAAAAAGAAAUCCUGCUUGUGCUUUCAAAAAUUUGAUUCAUUCGAACAAUAAAAAAACAGCGUCCUGCAUUUGCGCGUUGGCGAAAUUGUGCAUUCACCGACCCACGAAAAUUCCGAUUUCGCGAUGUUUUCAAAGCAAAAAUAGCGUAAAAUUUUUUUGAAAUGAGUCAAACGUUCAGUAAUAUAAUUCGGAAAAACAAAAUAGAACUUCACAUGCUUUUUCCAGAACAAAAAAAUUAUUUUAGUCUCGCCAAACUCCCACUAUCAGGAUUCCAUUGGAAAAACACGUUCAAAGUCGGGAAAUUCACCUGAAUAAGACAUAAAAAGUGGAUUUUAAUGAGUUGAGCGCAUUUAAAAAGUGCUGUAUUGCUACAAGAAUGGUUAUAAAAGUCAUUAAUAGUUAAUUAAUUCGUGUUUCUAUGGAUUCACAACCUUUUAUUGGUUCCGAAUUCUGUAUUAAAUCUUGUUUCAGGGAGAAUUUGCGUUUAUCCAUGCUUCCUAAUGAUAUUUUAACAGUUUUGAACAUCAAAAGCAUUGAAAACUCCGUAAAUAUUAAUUUUGCUUUUUUUGCCGUUGAAAAUCGUUCAACUUAUUCUUUUUCAGUGUUUAUUUUUGCUGGUCCUCAUCUUUGGACAUUGUUCUAUCAUUUCCAAUAAUGAAAAACUAUCAUUAGUGUGUUUUAGUGCGAAAAAAAAUUAACAAGAAACUUUUUCUCUAAUUUUUUUACUGGUAUUUGAGAGCGCGCCGCACCCUUGCAACGCCCACUUUUUUCGCGACCUCGACCAAAUUUUCUACAGAGAAUUGAAAUCGCGAAACGCGCGCUUUAAUGGCUGUAACUUCGUUCAGAGUCAAUAUUUUUCCAAGAUCUCUUUUUUAAAAGUUGCCAGGACUAUGAAGUACACGGUCAUAUAAAAAUCAUUCAAAUCUGAUGGUUUCUAGAAAACUGCCUGCGGCCCCUAGAUUCGCCAAAUAAAACGAAAUAUCACAUUAUUUGAGCAUGUUAACUUACACAUGUUAACACAUUAUUUAAGCGUGUUAACAUUAAGCCAAAAUGUUAACAUUUCAUAUAUUAGGUGACAUCUUAUGAAAAUAAAGACCAAAAGGUUGGUCGAAAGAUUAUUUUUGCAUGCUUUAAUGUGCACAACAUUUUUUAUUUGAGGAAAGUUCCCGAAAUUUAAAUAAUCAAGCAGAUUGUGGAUUGCAAAUGUUACAAACUAUCCCUUUCUCCCACUCGGAGCCAGAAAAAAUCCAACAACAAACCCCUUUUCGCAUUUUCUCAGAAAAAAAUUUCUAAAAGUCUCUCCGUUGUUGCUUUUAGCGGCGAAGGUUCGAAAAAAAGUUCCCAGAAGAGACAAAAGACGGUAUUAUCGUUACAGUGUUUGAUCACCCUACUGCAUCUGCUUCGGGGUCUGCUCGCGGGUCUGCUUCGAGGUCUUCAUCUAUUACCGGUAAUCGAGGAUAUUUUUCAAAAUAUAAUUCUAAAAGUAGUCAUUUAGACGAAUCGUGUGAUUCGCAAACCAUCAGUUUUUUGUUCUACCGGGAUUAUGAUGAUGAAGAAAUGUGCAUUUCCCUUGUAAGUUAAAAUUUUUUUAAUUACGAUUUCCUUUUUUUUUACUCUUUCAAAUGGAAUGUCAUCAAGUUCUCAUAGCUUUUAUAAGGAUCAGAGAUUUUCAUUGCUAUUGUUCUCAUGUUUGAAAACAAGUACAGAAGAAUUACUUUCUCGGAUGUAAAACUUUGGAUUGAUGAAAAGUUGAAGAACUUCAUGGAACUUUGCUGAGAGAUGCUUCAGGAACUCCUGAUAACAGAUCGGUGGAGAUUGGAUUUAAAACUGUUCUAAGUCUCAAGAUAUGAAUUAUCAUAUCAGGUAUUAGAAUGGUAUUAUGCGACCUCAGCGGUGUUACGUCACAAAGUUAGACGUGCUCGCUUCCAGAAAUAGUUCAGAAGACAUGUCUACGUGCUUAUUGAAAUCAGUCAGAUAGUGCAUGCGGAAAGGUUAAAAAACCGAAUAAGAUGACCAGUGAAUUGUGCCACCGGCGUCUCUGUGACCAUAGAUUUCCGAUAACAGUUCAAAAGAGAUCAAGGCUUUCCAGGGCGAGUAGAAAAUCAGAAGAGACCCUCGAUUGGGAUGAAUUUCCAUCAUUAAUGAUCCCUUGAAAUGAGCUUAGAAAUCAACCAUCAGAAUAACUAAACAGAUUAUGAAAAUUGACAGUCUCCUCUAUCGAAAAGUGUAAAAAACAGUUUUUUGAAUCGUUUUGAAGAAAUGGCUCGCGGUCCCUAGAUAACUCUCAAAUGCCUUGCAAGCAGGAUAACCCUCAAAUUCCGAAGCACCAGCAGUGUGAUCGUUUCGUAGUAUUUGUAUAUAAUGAUAUAUUUUGCUAGACAACUCAGUUGUUGACCUAAAUUAUUUAUUAUAUAUGGAUAUGGAGAAACGAUCAGAUUUCCCAAUCUAGGUAUCUUCCCAAAAGAAGAUACAUUUUCCCCACCCGUGAUGUAAUUUGAUGAGGCAAUCAAAGCGUACAACAGGCGCAGAAGGUCAAUGAAAAAUGCUUGCUGUUAACAACAACUCAGCUGAACCGCUACUGGUGAAAUGGUUGUCUGAAGCAGGGAUGCACGAGACGAAGUUUUUUCAUCUCGAGACGAAAAAAAAUUAUCUCGAGACGAGGAAUUUUUGUGAAAAAGAUCUCGAGGCGAGUUCGAGACAAUUCGAAAUGAAAAAAAAAAUCUACAUUUCUGUUUCGAAACAACACUUAUAAACGACCAAAACUCAAAAAUGUGCAAAAACGUAUAUUUAUUGAGAGAUAUUACACCAAAAUCUGUUUGUGUAUCGCCACGUGAUCUUCGAACACGUGAAAAUUGUAAAACUUCAGUAAGGCUUUUGGCGCAUACAUGGGCAGAAAAGUUUUCAAAACCAAACGUUUGAACGAAAGUUCAACUAAACAUUUUUCAAACUUUCAUUAAAACCGAUCUUUGAAACUUUGAAAUCGAACGUUGAUCGGAACGAACAUUCAUUCAAUGUUUGAAAAAAGUUUGAUUGAAAAAACAAAAGUUCGUUUUUCGUUCGGAAAACGUUUGAUCAAAACUUGAACGAUUUGAAUGUGGCCGUUUUCGAUCACUCUUCGAAAAUGAAAUUGUUUCGAAUUGUUGAGAACAAACUUUUCAUGUUUUCAAACUUUCAUUUUUUCAAACAUUCGGUUUUGAGAACGCUAAUGGGCCUCUGUUUUGCAAAAUGAACUUUUAUGAAAUUACAAUCAUAAUUAAAAAGAGCUCUGAUACACACGCAAACGCCCACUUGUUUUUUUGGAUGAUUUUUUUAUCCUUUUUGAUAGUUAUAUAAAAACUAGUUGAACUAACUAAAAAUAUAAAAAAAUGACUAAUUUUUUUCUACAUUUUUUUCUAUCGCUGCGUUUACCCGUGCCACCUUUCAUAUUGCUAAAAAAAUUUACUAUAGCGUUCUGCAGAGCUUCAACUCUUAUUCACUCUCGUUUUUUCGAAACGGGGUUCAAGUUUUCAAAAAGAACAAGAUUGACUAAUUGUAUUUUUUUAGGAUGACGAUGAGGAAAAAAAUCACUACGAAGCAUUAAAUGUUUGCAUUGAAAGGGACGGCCACUUGGCGAUCUUCCGAAGCGAAAAAGAGAUGAAAGAGAUCUACAGUAAGUAUUCAUAAGCAAAAAAAAAUAGUAACCAAAUAAAGAGUACGAUUUUGCGUUUCUGAACCGGAUUGCUGUUGCAAAAACUUAAAAAUGUGCUGCGCUUAACUAAACGUAUAACUUAUAAAUUAUAUCAUAAAUUUCACAUAAAAUUGGAAAACUGUAAUAAAGCUUCGAAAAAAUCUGAAAAUUUUUUUUAUUUUGAAUAUUAUUGCUCUAAAACAAUUCAAAAAAAAAGUGGUGCACUAACCAGAAAAGAAAACUGACUCAAAUAUAAUUUAGAAACAAAAAAAACGGAUAAUUCAAAUCAAAAUUUUCGGAAUUUUUGUGGUUCAAAUAUCAAAAACGAAGAUUUUCAAAAAGUGUCCAAGUCCUACGAGAUUUGGUUAAAUCGGGAACCGCUACUCCCUGACGUCACUUUAUGAAAUCUUUCAGAACACAAGCAAUAAGGAAGAUCAAAAUUUUGGUUAUAUAUUUAUUUUAUUCACGUGAAAAAAAAUUGAAGAAUGAGACGAGCCUGAAUUGCGCUUUUGCAAUGAAACUGCGCCCACUGAUUGCGUUUGUCAACGUUUUCACUUUUGUGCAUGACACCCAAUAUAAUUGCCGAUAUCGCAGCGGGCCGCAAGCGAUAUAGCCAAGGCUUCUUGCUGCGACCUCGUCAAAAUCUCGUUGCUAUAUCGCUCCCUCUCAGAAAUUUGAAAAUUUGAAAAACAUUUUUUUUUUUUGCUUUAUUUUUGACUUUUAUUAUGAAAUCAAUCAAAUUCAAGAGAAAACCAUUUUUGAAGAAAAUUUUUUCAGAGAGCGAUAUACCGCAAGACGUUUGCGAUGCCGUGUUCAAAUUAAUUUCGCGAAAUACAAAAUAGCCGUCAGAGAAAGAAAAAUAUAACUAAAUUUUGGAGAGUCAGAGAUCAUUUUGCAUUUCACGAAAUUACUUUGAACACGGCACGAGGUCGCAGCGAGAGGCGAGCGAUAUUGCUCGCGGCUCCCCCGCGGUAUAGCAUCACUCUCGCUGCGAUAUAGUCCACACUACUGGGUGGAAGAUUUUAUUACAUUGUUUCCUUAUAUUCAGUUUUUAAAUGCAAUUUUCAUCAACUUUAUAAAAUUUCGAUGGCUUUUUUGAGCCCAUUUUAUCAUGUUUCUUGAAUUAUUUUGAAUGUUCGAGCAGGAUCACCCAGUUUUGUGGAAUAUAUCGCAGCGAGAGUAAUGCUAUUCCGCGGGGGAGCCGCGAGCAAUAUCUCUCGCUUCUCGCUGCGACCUUGCAAACGUCUUGCGCUAUAUCGCUCUCUGAAAACUUUUCUUAAAAAAUAUUUUUUUCGUUAAUUUGAUUCAUUUCAUCAUAAAAGUCAAAAAUAAAGCAAAAAAAACAUGUUAUUUUAAUUUUCAAAUUUUUGAGAGGGAGCGACGCAGCGAAAUGUUGACGAUAUCGCAGAAAGAAGCCUUGGCUAUAUCGCCUGCGGCCCGCUGCGAUAUCGGCAAUUAUGUUGGGCGAUGGCACAAAUUAGGAAACUGUUUUUUGAUGUAUGAAUAAGCAUGAACACUCCAAAUGAACAAGAUAAUUUAUUAUACUGUUAAUACUAAGAACGGUCAGAUUAUCAUUUUUUACUUGGAUCUGUUUAUCCAGUAUAUACUAUUUAUUAGAGUUCUCAAAAUGACCAAUUGAAAAAUGACAUUUUUUUCAAAAAAACGAAAAAAAUUUUUCUUUUUGACAUUUCAAACGAACGUCGUUUUUUUGAAAGAUCAACCAAAAAUUGAUCACUUUCAUUCUUUUCAUUUUGUGACUUUUUCAAAUAAUGGCUGAAAAAAAUGAAUGGUCAUUUUUCUAAAUAAUCAUAUUCUGACUAGUAAAUAAAUGUUCGUCCUAAUGACCAAAUUUUUUUGAAAGUGAAAAAGUAAAUGGUCACUUUUUUUUGACCAAAAAUUUUCGAAACGAAUUUUUAAAUGUUUACUCUUUUUGACCAAAAAUUUUCAGAAGUGAAAUUUAAAUGUUCAUUUUUUUGACCAAAAAUUUUUUUAAAAAUGACUUUUAAAUGUUCAUUUUUUUCCAACAAAAAUUUCCGAAAUAAACUUUAAAUGUUCAUUUUUUUGAACAAAAUUUUCAAAAAUGAAUUUUUUUAAAUGUUUACUUUUUUUGACCAAAAAUUUUCAAAACGAAUUUUUAAAUGUUUACUUUUUUUCGUAGAAAAAAAGAUUUUUUUCAACUGUGAAAACUAAAUGUUCAUUUUUUGGCCGAUAGUUUUCCGAACCUGGAUUUUCCGAACCAAAAUCCAAAUCAAUAGUUUUCCUUUUUCCUCAUUCAAUUAAUUCUCCAGAUAGCACCUUUCUUCCGUUCUGCUCAUUUUUGACCGGUGCCAUAUAAUUUUUCCCGUCCUUAACCGGCUUUUAGCUUUGCCCUUGACCAUCCAAAUCACUGUUUUCCAACAGAUUUAUUAAUUUUAACCAGAAAUUAGUUUGAAUUUCGAAGUAAUCGAUUCAAGAUUUCAUUUGGAGAAGACUGAGAUAGAAUUGACUCCGGCACAGAUACUGCCAAAUGCCGUAAUAGUAAUGAAUUAAUUAAUAAAUAAAUGUUUACCUUUUUUUGAAAAAAAUUUUUCAAAGUGAAAUUUGAAUGUUCAUUUUUUUGACCAAAAUUUUUCAAAGUGAACUUUAAAUGUUCACUUUUUUUGACCAAAAAUUUCCGAAAUGAAUUUUUAAAUGUUUACUUUUUUUGACCAAAAAUUUCCGAAAUGAAUUUUAAAUGUUUACUUUUUUUGACCAAAAAAAUUUCAAAAUGAAAUUUAAAUGUUCAUUUUUUUGACCAAAAACUUAAAAAUGAAAUUUAAAUGUUCAUUUUUUUAACCAAAAAUUUUUUUCGAAAAAAAUAAGUAAUUGUUCAUUUUUUUCAAAUGCUCAGUUAUGAAAUUUAACCAAAAUGAAGUUUUUUUAACAAACGGUUCAUGUGAAAUUUAACUAAUUGGUCGAAUUCAUCAAACGUUCGGAAAAUGUUUGGUUGAACGUUCGUUCAAACAUUUACUUUUGAGAACUCUACUAUUUAUGUUUAGGGAGCGCAAAGCCUCGCCCCUUUUUCGCACCAAAAUUGACGACUUUUCGGUUGAAAAACUGAUUUGAAGCUCUGUUAGUGAGCAAAGCGCUAAUUGAAAAAUUUAUAUUUCUUAUUUUCCUAAGUAAUCAACAUCGCUCUACAAAACUAGAUAACUUUCAAAUCCAGCAAUUUUUGAAAUUUAACCCAAAAAAGAAGAAAACUGUGAUGAAAAGUCGACACAGUUCACGAAACAAACCCGUGUCACAUAACUACAUGCGUUUCACAUCUGAAUUUUAGAUAUGUUAUUCAUUAUGACAUCCUUCAAAAUAUAUAGGAAAUCAAAAAAAUUCUGGCGGUGCCGAAAAAAGAACGAAGCUUGUAAAGUUACACUCAAAAAACAGAAACGUUUGGAGCAAAAAUGCGAAAAAAUUUUCAGCGACAACCUAGUGAUUUUCUUUGAUUAAAAAAAUUGAAAAAAAGUCUGACCAACGUGAAAACAAAAAAACAAAAUCAAAAAAACCGAGCAAAAUGAGUUUAAAUUUGCAUUCACAAAAAGACGCCCGCAAAAAAAUGAAUUACGUUUUUUUAAAGCGUUUCACAAGAGCAAUGUCGUUUCACGUUUUUCUUUUUUUGAUAUGCUUUCGCCUUUACAAUUUUACAUGUUUAGAAAAAAAAUAAAAAAAAAUCUGGCGGUGCCGAAAAAAGAAUGAGCAUUUUGAAUGACCGAAAACGGUCAAUUUUUUAUUUUAUUUUUGCGCGUCGAAGCGUGUCGUGUGUGUGAUAUUGCGCCGUUCUGAAGGAAAAUAAGUGUUUUACGGGCGAAAAAUAGGAAAUCCAACAUUAAAAAUUUAGAACUUUGUGUUUUUUUCUAUGAUAAUUGAAAUUAUUUCUCAUUUUUUUGUUUAUGUGACUGUUAGACUGUACUUUCUUGAUAAUUUGAACAGAAAGUAUUAUAUAAUAGUUAUCCCGUUGGUGCCGAGGAUCCUUUUUUCUUAUUCUUCGAACUAAUUAUUUUUUUAAAAACCUUAAACUGGGUGUAUAACAAUCAGAGAAGCAUUCUCAUCAGUUUUCAACAGAAAACCGAUUUGAAAACGGUUGAAUAUGAAUGAAAAACGAGCCAAAACAGUGCGGCGGCAGCCGAAAAUUUGGAAAACGCCAGAUUUUUCGGUUUUCUCGCGCGUCACUAGAAGCUUCAUAACUAGGCUCAAAAUCAAAAUUUUUCGAAAAGCUAAUCUGAUUUGAUUUUUGGACAAUCUGCUCUAUCCGAUGAUAUUGGAUUCGGCUAUGCAUUACUUUUUUCAAAAAAUGGCUUGUGGUGCCUAUGUAUUAGAGUUCUCAAAACCAAACGUUUGAACGAACGUUCAACCAAACAUUUUUCAAACUUUUAUUGAAACCGACCUUUGAUUGAAAUUUCGAAAUCGAACGUUUGAUCGGAACGAACAUUCAUUCAAUGUUUGAAAAAAGUUUGAUCGAAAAAACAAACGUUCUUUUUUCUGUCGGAAAACGUUUGAUCGAAAAACCAAACGUUCGUUUUUCGGUCGGAAAAACUUUGAUCGAAAAACCAAACGUUCGUUUUUCGGUCGGAAAACGUUUGAUCGAAAAACCAAACGUUCGUUUAUCGGUUGGAAAAAUCAGUGGACGAGACCUUACGAGACUACGAGGACAAAAAAAUUUCUAAUCAUCGUCAUCAGAAAUUAAGUUUGUUCAUUUUGAAGUUAUUUGUGGAUAUACCCUGCUGUGUCUACCGCUAGCUUUACGGGCACUUUUUCAUAAACAAGCUAACAAUUUUGACAAAGCGGACGUAAAAAGAAAUAGCGGGAUUUUGAAUUUUUCCCGAGAAGCAGAAGCUGUUUCUGAAUGAAUAAUAACCUACUAUCUUUUGAACCGUGAACUUUGUGAACCGAAGGGGUAUAGACGAUUCACGGCUAGGUUGGGACGCAAAAAGACGUGGCCUGUCUGCACUCUCCACCAACCAAGGCACUGACUCGUCUCUUUUCGUGGUAGGACCCUUUUCUCGAUGACUCAAUCCAGCCGUGAAUCAGCUAUACCAAAUGAACCCAAAAAGUGAUCUUUUAAACCUAAUGGCGUGUUCAUCGGACAAAACGAAAAUUGCUUCGAAACGCGAAAAAAAAAAACCCUCCAAAACAAAAAUUAGUACUGUUUUGGAGCAACUUUGGCGCGCCGAUGAACACGAUUUUUCGUUUUGAAGCCUGUUCCGUUUCUCCGAUGAACACGCCAUAAUAAUAUUUUUGUCGUGUAAGUUGUUUGAGGUUGAGAAAAAAGGUUGACAAAAUAUCAUUUUUUGGGUCCAAUUGAUACUCCUUCGGUUCACAAAGAUCAUUCGGUUCGCAGAGAUCACGCUUCAAAAGAUAAUUGGCCUCUUGUGAAUGUAACUCCCGAAAAAAGUUUUGAAUUAAUGUUCAACCAAACUUAUCCGAGCUCUAAUUAAAAUUUUAAUUCCAAUUUUCGAAAAACAAACGUUUGUUUUUCGGCCAGAAAAACGUUUGAUCAUAACUUGAACGAUUUGAUUGUGGCCGUUUUAGAUCAAUGUUUGAAAAAUGAAAUUUGUUCGAAAUGUUGAAAAACAAACUUUUUCAUGUUUUCAAACUUUCAUUUUUUUCAAACUUUUGGUUUUGAGAACUCUACUAUGUAUGUUGAUCAGAAUUAAGAAUGAAAUAGCCGUAGCGGCGGCAGCCCCCAAAGUGAGAAAAAAUAAUAUAGAAACUUUUUGAAGGUUUUAAAAAUUUCAAAAUGAAAAAAAUCAAAAAAGAAAAAAUGUAACCUCAAGGGGUCUGGGGGCGCCAGUUCACAUCUGAAGAAAAAAAGAAUUAAUAUAGAACCUUUUUAAAAUUUCUAGAAGAAGUAGGUAAAUCAGAGAAUAGAAAAAAAAUACAACUAAAAGGGAAUUUUGAAACGUGAUGUGUGUAUCUCUGUUUCUCAUGUGAUUGGAAAAGUUUGAAAGGCAUAGGGGCAGUAAAAAAUGGGGUUUCAGGUGAAAGCAGUAUCUUAUAUAGUUUUUCUUUUCGAAUCGAAUGGUGUACUCAAAACAAUUACAGAUGUAUCAACUUUAGAAGAAAAACGCGAUUUUACUUUCCCGCCUUUAUUUUUGAAAAAAGCUUUGGAUCGGCCUUAGGACAAAUGUUUACAGUAGCCGUGCACGCGAUGUUGCGGACGUCUCAUUAGACUCGCAUUUUGGGAGAAAUAACCGGAUAUCUGCUUCAAAUCAGUGGUUUCUUCUCUGAAAAAUCGAUAAAGAAAACAGAAAAUACACAUUGAUAAUAAAGAAAACUCAAAAUAUUGCUAUUCCAACCGAAACCUGUGUAAAAUCAUCAUUUUUCACGAAAAACGCUUUUUUGCGAUCAAAGUUUGCCAAUUACACAUGAAUAGAAAGCUUUUGUGACGAAAAGAACUUUGGUGACAACAGUAAAAAAUUAAAAAUUGAAAGAAAUGAAGAAAAAAGCGAAAAUCCGGAAGAUGGCGAAGCCUGUUGUCCAUAGAGCAACUUUACUGCAAAGCGCCCUUUUGGCGGAAACUCAAGCUUUCCUUUCUUUGUCUUUGAAUAAUUCUUUCUUCAAAACUCGGAACUUCUGUACGUUUUCAAUUUCACCUUUCAAUUCGCAGUGAAAACCUAUACAAAGUACUGCUUUGAACUAUAACACCGUUUUUUUACUGCCCCUAUGCCUUUAAAUGUGACAGGUAAAAACUUUUAGGACAUUUUGAAACGUGAUCCGUGGAUAUUAUUGCUGGAAACAUUUUUUGAAGCAAAAAGUGAAUUGCGUUUUUAUAAAUUCUUUUUUUCUUUUUGAAACACUAUUUCCGACCAAAAUUUUCUAAAUGCUCUCAUUCGAUGUGUUUACUUUGGCUCGACUAUUUGAAAGUUCAUUUCUUUUACGCGCAUAGUGUGGAAAAUUAUUCAAAAUUCAAACUACGACCCUGAUUUUGAGCUUCAAAUUGAGCAUAGAACUUGAAAUUCAUUAAAAUUCCCAAGUUUCGAGCCUUUUUUUGAUCAAAAACCCAUACUGAACCUUGAUAACUGCUUGAUUAAACUUUUGAACUCAAAAAAAAAAACGACGAAUAUCCGCGAAAAGUGAUAACUUGACCCUUCCUCAGGCAUGUCGUUACCUUGAAAGGAGCCGAGUUUCACGGCUGAUGAGGUGCGAUUUUUUCCGAGCAGAACUGCGAGGAGAUCUUGCUCACCAUAGAAACUUUUCUUUCGCUAUUUCAAAAUAUCUGCGAAAUCGAAAAAAUAACGGGUUUGAUCUUGGAAAAACUUAUGGAAGCAUCAAAAGGAAGAAAUGGAAAACGUGUGAAAAAUUCGACAAACUUUUAAAACUUUUAAGGAAUCAUAAUUGUUUUAAAAGGGUGUCCAUUGUUGAGUCGUCAUAAGAAAUAAAUUCGAGCUUCGAACAUUUUUCCUUUUUUCAUCCCUUUCCUUUAAAAUACACUUUCAAAAAAUAUCCGAAAAAUAUUCAUUGAAACUGACUAAAAAUUUUAUUUCAUUGCAAACAUUUUCAAAAAGUUUCUUUUUAUGUUAGCGGUGUUCAUGAUUCAUCUUUUUCUUAUCAAAAAAUUAUAAAUAGCGAUCACAAAUUCGCUCUAAAUUCAUCUGAGAAUAUUUCAAAACGUAUGAACUUACUGGAGUUUAUUUUUUUAGGCCAAAAAUUCAAUUUGAUCACUUGUAUAUGAUUUUAUAUAUGUAUUGUUAAAAUAUUCAUAAAACUAUUCGCGGCUAUUUUUUUCUUCUAUUAAUCUUAUUUGAUGUUGUUACUAAUUUUAUAGCUAAUAAAAAAAUAGACACGUUGCAGAGAACUUUUUGCAAACAGGCGAAGUUUUAGGAAAUUUUGUGAGGAGUGGACUUUUUUUCACAUAAUUUAGAUAAAAUAGCUAUACAACACAUCAAAAAACAGAACAAACAACAGAUGUGAUCCGUGGACACUUUUCGAAAAUCCUCGUUUUUGAGAUUUUUGGUCUUGGAAAUUCCCGAAAAAAUAAUAAAACUGUUUAUAUUUUUCAAGCGAUGUAAACUACGUAUAAUUGCAGAACAUUUAAAUUUUUUCCUCCCUUUUUGGCGUUUAAAUUCCGGAGAAACGUUUUUUGCAACAAAAAAUGGCGCGUUUUAGGGAUAAGUUUUGCGUAGUUCUGCGCUCCGUGCUCAUACGUAAUGUGAGAAAAAGGCUUUCAAUUAAAAAACGAAACUUGUAUGUUGAUAAAUUCUUGAUACUGCAAGAAAGAAAAUAACUUUUGCACAAUCGUAUAAAGACGUUUUUAUAAAAUUUCAGACUUUCUCAAAAGCAAGGGAGUCACUGGGAGGAUUCAUAUCGACACCACGUUCAACUUUGAUGUCAGGAUACGUUUUGACCUCUGAUCAAUUGAUUAAUUGAUUGAUUCUUUGAAAUACUGGAGAUUUCCAUCGCUUUAUCUUCGGGAAAGCUCCGCUCUCAACUUGUUUCUUUCAUAUAGAGUGCUCGGAAAAGCUCUUUAAAACUUUUGUCGCGAACGAGGCGAAAAAAAAUACUUCGAAGGAUUAGUAUUUUGAAAACUCAUGCACUAGAUUACUCAUCAAAGUUUUCUGAAAAAAGAGUGUUGAAAGUUAUUUUACAGUUGUCAAGCUUUUGCAGGUCUGGCUAGAGAAUAAUUAUGACCAAGACGACGAUGACGACGAUGAAGUCGCUAAAGACGCCGAUAGCGACGACGAUGAUGAUGAAACCGAUAUGUGGGACGACGAUUCCCUCUGGCCAGAUGGGAGUAUGGAGUACAGCGACCACGACUUUAGAUUCCCUGUGCUGAAUAUGGACCAACGCUACUUUGCAUCUAUUGGGUAUGUCUAUUUUUGGAUUUUCUUUCCUCACAGAAGGAAUCAUAAGCACAGCUUGGGAGUUUGAUCAAACUUUGCUCAGAUUUUAAUAUAUUUGAAUACCUACUCCACUCGGAUACAUAGAGCAACAUGUGUUACAGUUAAAGAGUCAUAGCUUAAGCAAAGGAAGAUAAUAGUGAAUUAGCACCGAUUUUAAUAAGCCCUCACGAGCAAAUACACCGGUAUAGGAAGUCAAACACUAAAUAGGAUUUUAUAUCAAAGUAAACGGAUAGGAAUGUUGGAAAAGCGCUCUUCGAUGCUGAGCGACCCGAGAAACUUUCUGAAACGGAUGGUAGGCGUAUUAGAGUUGAAUCUUGAGGCUAUAUCACUGCGGUGUAGCCAAAACUUCUUGAUGUGCCCUCGCCUCAGCCGCGACAUGGCGUUACUCUCUCAUAUAAUUGGGUAGAAGAUCUUGAUGAGCCAAAAAAAAUCAUAAUAACUUAUUGCAUUUUGAUGAAAAACGUACAGCUCAACUUUAACAGCUUUUUUUUUCAAGAAGAAGAUCAAAAAAACAAAGUUUCAUCGUUUUCCCAAGCUGUGCCCAUUCGCCCGUUUUUCACUACAUUGUGCAGUAAACCAACUAAAAAGCUACUAAAAGCUAUUCUUUAUUAAGAUAAUUUUACAGUCAAAAACCCAAACGUCCCUUCCUCUGCAUGAUUCCUGUGUGA